AAACCCCCCCCCCCCCCUGCUUGCAUACCCUGCCCCACGACACUACUACACCACGGACGACAUUAAAAUAUCGACGACGACGACGAUGCAAUGGUUAGAACGAUUAUUGGAAUUGGAGUUUCGCGGAAUCUCCUAUGUCUCGUCCUUUCCUACACCUUUUCUUACACCUUUUCUUUCACAUUUUCUUUCACAUUUUCUUUUGGCUUUUUUCGUUUUCUUUUUCAAGGGAGUUGUUGGGCUGGUUUGCUUUUAUUUGUUGCAUGCGAUAAGGAUAAGGAUGGUCAAGGCGGGGGGGUUGGGUUCUGUAUAUAUACUUUUCGACGAAAGAGGGGGAGAAAGGGAGUGGAAGGAUGGGCUGGGCUGUGGGAUGUCGGUUGGGAGCGGAGCUGUACAUAUCUACCUAGACGAUGCAGGCGGCGGCGCAGGAAGUGCCUAUCUACUCUAUGGAAGGGGGUGUAGAAUAAAAUACAUCAAGGUUGCAG